AUGUGUACAUUAGGAGACCCCUUGGCUGCAGCCGGGUCAUUCCUGCACCCGCGGGCCCUGCCGCCAUCAGGUCCACUGCUGCCACUUGGCCCUGGUGCUGGCCCCGCCGCUGGCCUUCUCGACGACGACCCGUUCCACCGACGCUCCGUGAUUCGGGACCGGAGCCAGUGCUACUCGGGCAACUGCGAGUUCUUCGCCAUGUGCUGGGCCACAGGCGGCCUGCUUUCCGGCGGCUGUGGCGGCUUCUUCUUCUCCUGCUGCGUCCGCCCCGGCACCUACAUUGCCGAGCACACCUACAACAGCGAGCCGUCCCGGAUUCAGUACGGCCCUGUCAUCAAUGACCCCACUUGUGGAAGAAGUCAACCGUAUGGAGCACAGCGGAGAAUCGUGGGUGGAGAUAAUGCCGGCUUUGGCGUGUUCCCGUGGCAGGCGUAUAUUCGCAUUGGGAAGAGCAGAUGUGGAGGAUCGCUCAUCAACCGGAGGCAUGUCGUUACAGCCGGGCAUUGCGUGAAGCGGGCCACGCCAGGCAUGGUGCAGGUGACCCUGGGUGACUAUGUGCUGGGACAAGAGAUUGAACCCCUGGAAGCGCAAAAGUUCGGGGUUGUAGACAUCAAGGUGCAUCCCAAGUUCAAGUACACGCCACAGGCUGAUCGUUAUGACGUGGCAGUUCUGACUCUGGACAGAGCAGUGGAGUUCGGGCCUCACAUGGCACCGGUGUGUUUACCAGAGAAAGGAGAGGACUUUUUGGGGGAACGAGCCUGGGUAGCUGGCUGGGGCGCCAUGCAGCCUGGUUCAAGGCUGAGGCCGAGAACGCUGCAAGCAGUCGACGUGCCUGUGAUAAACAACAAAGAGUGUGAGGAUUGGCACAAGAGCAAGGGGAUCACCGUCAUCAUCUAUGACGAAAUGACCUGCGCUGGCUGGCGCAAUGGUGGCCGUGACGCGUGUCAGGGUGACUCCGGUGGUCCACUGAUGGUGCACCGCUACGGGCGGUGGUAUCUCAUCGGCCUCGUGUCAGCGGGCUACUCGUGUGCCCAGUCGAAGCAGCCGGGCAUCUACCACCGGGUUUCCUACACAGCCGAUUGGGUAUCAGCAGUGGCCAACAAGAACCGCGCCUUUAGUCGCCACCACUUUGACGAGGAGUCGGCCGACGGAGGCGAUGCCGAUGCUGGCUUCCUGGACGAUGAUCGAGACGACAAAGACUAUGAAUACUACAAGUGAAGACGAGGAGGAAGCGUCAAAUACCGGGCAGACUAUAUAGAAUUCUCCAUUUUUGUUGAGCCUGCAUUCUUUCAUUAUUGUCCUUCCCCCCUUUUUUGUUUUUUUCGUUGUCAUCCAGAGUUAUUUAUUUCUUGGUUGUCGUACUUCGCAAUGUUCAGGUGUUUACUUGUGAGACAGGUUUGUCGAUGUGUGUUUCGUCUUUCGUUCACCUCUGUGACCUUUUCUCUUUGCGCAGUCGUAAAAGCGAGGGAGUUCGAACAAAGUAAUGCGGGGAACUCCCAACGAAGUUUUUUUUUUUUUUUUUUUGCCUGCGUGGUACUUUUUUUUUGGCAAAUGCGAGGGAUGGGUGAUGAUACCCUUGUGUUGCGGUGUGCAGGGGGAAAUGUGAUAAAAUAGUGAAAAACACUUUUUUUUUUGCUGCUUCAGGGGUUUGUCCUUCUGAGUAUUUGUUAUGACCUUAGACUUUUUAGAAAUGUACCUCUUUUUUUGGUCUUUAAAUGCUGAAUUGCAGGGAUUGUAAUUCUAGAUCGUGCUCUUUUUGAGAAAGGUCCUAGUUUUUUUGUUGUUGAGAGAAGUAAGUGAUGGGAGAUGUUUGUUGGAUUCCAAGAAGGAGAAGAAGAGAUAUCAGUUGCACAUUGCCAGCAGUCCCUCUUUUGGAUGGCCAUUUUCCACUGAUGAGUGGAUGAAAAUGUUGAAAUGUUUUUUUCUUUCUAGGAAUCCUCAGCUUUCGUUCUAUUUUUUGUACUUUUCUAAAUUUCGCUCGGUACCCGCGUGAAGUUUACAAUCAGCUACUUGAACUUCGUGAUGAAAGAGUUCCCUUCAGCUGUGCUCGCCCAUUUUCUUUUGUGCUUUUGAUUGGAUGAGGAAGCUUGGUGUUGAAGUACAGGAUUUUCUUAUGGUUUGGUUGUUGAAAAAA